UUACACAAACUCUUUCAAAACAUAUUCCAAAAUGGAAUAGAAAUAUACAUUUUCUCUCUCUCUCUCUCUCUGUCACUCAUGAAAGAGAGAACACAUUUUCUCUCCUUACUACUUCCAUUCUACUUUCUUAUUCUCUUCCUAAUGGCUCUCCUCACAUCCUUGCCUCAACAAUCCCACCCCAAACACAAACAUAAUAAGAAACAGAAACCAAAGGCGACAUCUUCAUGGGACCAAAUAAAAAACAUCCUAACAUGCAAACAGAUGGAAGGUUCAACAGUACAUGAUCCAUCAAAAGCAAAUAAUAAUGGAUACUCGAAAAUGGGUUCAACAUGCAGGUCAAUAUGUAGCUUGAGAGAUGUAGUUCAUGGAAACACAAGAGUAGUUCAUAGGUCUGAUAACUCAUCACCAGAGAGUAGUGUAUUGGGUCAAGAAACGAGUUUACUCAAAAGAAAACCUUCUGGGAAAUCCAACGGUGGAGGAAACUACACGUCAUCAUCAUCAACAACUUCCAGAGGAAUGCAGUUCAGGAAGCUGUCUGGAUGUUAUGAAUGUCACAUGAUCGUUGACCCUACCAGGCUACCAAUUCCUAGGAGCACAGUGUGUGCUUGUGAUCAGUGUGGAGAAGUCUUCCCUAAGAUAGAAAGCUUGGAGCUUCAUCAAGCUGUUCGUCAUGCCGUUUCGGAGCUGGGUCCAGAGGAUUCGGGUCGGAACAUAGUGGAGAUAAUCUUCAAGUCAAGUUGGUUAAAGAGGGAGAGUCCAAUGUGCAAGAUCGAACGGAUAUUAAAAGUUCACAACACCCAGCGCACGAUCCAACGGUUCGAAGAAUGCAGAGACACAGUGAAGUCCCGUGCAACCAACACCACCAAGAAAAAUCCCCGCUGUGCUGCGGACGGCAACGAACUCCUACGGUUCCACAGCGCAACCUUAACCUGCGCACUAGGCGCACGUGGAUCCUCCUCCCUGUGCGCCACCGUACCAGGGUGCGGAGUGUGCACCAUAAUCCGACACGGAUUUCAAAACAAAGGAGGGGUGAGAACCAACGCUAGUAGUGGUAGGGCCCACGACUAUUCAGUUGAGAGGUGUGAAGAAGAAGAUUCUAGAAGGGCUAUGCUGGUAUGUCGUGUGAUUGCUGGAAGAGUGAAGCGCGUGGCGGAGGAAGGUGCGCCGCAGUUAUCGGAGGAGGAAGGCGUGUCUUAUGAUUCAGUUGCGGGUUACGCGGGAAUUUACUCCAAUCUCGAGGAGUUAACUGUUUUCAAUCCAAGGGCUAUCCUUCCUUGUUUCGUAGUCAUUUACAAGGUGCUUUCCUCUUGAGUUACUUUAAUUGAAUUUGGAUGGUCCAAGUUACCAUAUCUCAUCUAUUCAAUUAAGAUCGUUCGACUUUCAUUGAAUGAUUUCAGUGUACGUGACUGCAUUGCAAUCGGCCUCUAUCGACUGUAGUGAUUCUCAAUACUAUUUAUUCAUGAUGAUGAUCUUACAUUUGGAGUUAUUAAUUAGGUUACUAAAUUAUUAGUACCAUUUUCGUUCACAAUCUUCAUAGUUACAUUGAUCGUUAAUUCUUUAUAUUAAAAGAAAAUUUAGAUGAAAGUCUUCACCUAUGAAUAACGUAGAGGGGAAUGAUUUUUAUCGGUAGUUUUUUAGAUUGAGAAUUAACGUGACAAUGUGUGUUAAGAUUGAGAACGAAAAUGGAAUAUAUUUUAUCCUUAUGUAUCAUUAGUUUGUUAGUAGUAAUUAUUAGGAAGAUAUUUCUCCUCCUAAUUAAAGAUAUUUUCUUAUAGUACUUUAUAGAUAGGGGUCAACUAUAAAUACAUAUGUUGAUUUCUACUAGUAGUCUGGUUGUUUAUUAA